UGUGACGACACCAAUCCUGAUGCUACAAAUGGUAGGGCCUGGCCGUCCUGCUCCACACAGACUCUCGACAGCGCCCAGCUUCCUCCCUCCCCAGUGGGUACAAAGCUGCUCUAAACAACUGAAGAAAUGGCUGUCGUCAGUGGAACGUUCCGUAUGGUGUCGGAAGAAGAGCAGGCUCUCAGGGCCAAGCUGGAGCGUCUCACGGUCAAGGACCACGGUCCCGUGUUCGGUCCCUGCGCCCAGCUGCCCGACCACACCGUGCAGAAGGCCAAGGACGAGCUGAACGAGACCGACGAAAAGCGGGUGUUGGCAGUCAAGGAGCUAAGGGGAAUCAUCAAGGAGAAGGCAGAGGCUGAGGACGACCUCGCCAAAGGGGUGCUGGAAACCUUUGGCGAGAAGCCCGACGGCAUGCUGGUCCGCUUCAUCCGCGCCAGGAAAUACGACGUGCCAAGAGCCUUCGACCUAAUGAAGGGUUACGUGCGCUUCAGGAGAGAUUACCCGGAGUUGUUCGAGAACCUGACCCCGGAGGCUGUCCGCAGCACCAUCGAGGCUGGCUACCCAGGCAUCCUGUCCAGCAGAGACAAGUACGGCCGCAUCGUUCUGCUCUUCAACAUCGAGAACUGGGAUUACGAAGAGAUCACCUUCGAUGAGAUCCUGCGUGCCUACUGUGUAAUCCUGGAGAGCCUGCUGGAGAACGAGGAGACUCAGAUCAACGGUUUCUGCAUCAUUGAGAACUUCAAGGGCUUCACCAUGCAGCAGGCCUCUGGCAUCAAACCCACUGAGCUCAAGAAGAUGGUGGACAUGUUGCAGGACUCCUUUCCUGCCCGUUUCAAGGCUGUCCACUUCAUCCACCAACCCUGGUACUUCACCACCACCUACAACGUGGUCAAGCCCCUCAUGAAGGGCAAGCUGCUGGAGAGAGUGUUUGUCCACGGAGACGAGCUGGACAACUACUACAAGGAGUUUGACGCGGACAUCCUGCCCUCCGAGUUCGACGGCAAGAACUCCAAGUAUGACGGCAAAGCCAUAGCAGCCAAGCUGUUCGACUGAACCCCC